GCGCUGUGCCGGCGCCGCGGGUGCUGCUGGAGCCCUCUCGGCGAUGCCGGUGCUCCCUGGUGCUUCUUUGGCGCUGCGCACGGGUACCGGAUGGAGAGCGGGCCCAGGGACACACCACAGGGCCUGGAGCUGUCCCUGCGCCGCCUCCGGGCGCCGUCGCUGUUCGGGGGCGAUUCCGACUCCGUCCUGCUGAGGGCGCAGUUCCAGAGCGGCGCCCGGCUCCGCCUCCAGUUCACCGACCCCAAAAAGAGGCGAUUUGAGGUCCCCCACGACCAUGUGGGGCCUUUUUCGGGUCCCGCCACCUCUGAUCCCAAAUACCGCCUGAAAUUCCGGGAAAAUCCCUUCGGAAUUGAGGUCAUCCGCACCAGCACCGGAAAAGUCGUCUUUGACACCUCCGUGGGCCCGCUGCUGUUCUCCGAUCAGUUCCUGCAGCUCUCGGCGCGCGUCCCCGGCGCCGGCCUGUACGGGCUGGGAGAGCACCUGCACCGGCGGCUGCGGCACCGCCCGGAGUGGAGAACAUGGCCGCUCUUCAGCCGCCACGCCGAGCCCGGCGCCAACGGGGAGAAUUUGGCUGGGGUCCAGCCAUUCCUGCUGUGUUUGGAGGGCGAUUCGGGAGCGUCCGUCGGUGUUUUCCUGAUGAACUCCAAUGCCAUGGAGGUGGCGCUGACGCCGGCUCCCACUGUCACUUUCCGGACAAUUGGUGGAAUCCUGGAUUUUUACCUCUUUUUGGGAGACACGCCGGAGCAGGUGGUGCAGGAGUACGUCCAGUUUAUCGGGCUGCCGGCGCUCCCACCCUAUUGGGCUCUGGGAUUCCAACUGAGCCACCGGAAUUAUGGAUCCCUGGAGGAGGUGAAGGCCGUGGUCAAGCGGAACCGGGCGAUUGGGCUGCCCUACGACGUGCAGUACACCGACAUUGACGCCAUGGAUGGGCGCAAGGGCUUCACCUAUGACAAAUCCAAAUUCCGCGACCUCCCUGACUUCCGGGGCUUCCUGGGCGCCGCCGAGCAGAAAUUCCUCAUUGUCCUGGACGCCGCUGUCUCCACGGAGCCGCUGGCAGAUGGGAGCCCCUACGGAACUUUCCAGAGGGGCCAGGAGCGUGGGGUGUGGGUUAACGAGUCCAACGGCGUCACGCCACUAAUUGGGGAGGCCCGGCCGGGCCGGGCGGUUUUCCCGGAUUUCUCCAACCCCGCCUGCGUUGAGUGGUGGGAGCAGGAAUUCCAAAGGUUCCAUGAGAUCGUCCCCUUUGAUGGCGUCUGGAUUGACGUGAACGAGGCCGCGAGCGCCAUGCCUGGCUCUGUGCGUGGCUGCACCAACAACGUCUGGAACUUCCCGCCCUACACGCCCCGCGUGGCAGAGCUGCCUCUCUUCGCGCGCUCUCUCUGCCCGGAUGCCGCCCACGCCUGGGGCCGCCACUAUGAUGUGCACAGCCUGUACGGGCACACCAUGGCAGGCGCCACGCACCGCGCUUUGCUCCGCCUCUCCUCAAGGCUCCGCCCCCUCCUGGUGUCCGGCUCCACAUUCGCGGGCUCCGGCCGCCUCGGGGGCCACUGGCUCGGGGACAACGCGGCCACGUGGGGCCACCUGCGCUGGGCCACGCCCGCCCUGCUCGAGUUCGGCCUCUUCGGCAUCCCCUACGUGGGCGCGGCGAUCUGUGGCUCACGGGGCGCUGCUCCAGAGGAGCUCUGCCGGCGCUGGAUGCAGCUUGGAGCCUUCUACCCCCUGGCCAGGAACCACAACCACGAGCCCGGCGCGCCGCAGGACCCGGCCGCAUUUGGUGCUGCCUCGGCGCUGGUGAACUCCUCCCGGCACUACCUGAGCAUCCGGUACCGCCUGCUGCCCUACCUGUACUCGCUGCUGCACCGCGCCCACACCCGCGGUGACACCGUGGCGCGGCCGCUGCUGCACGAGUUUUACGCUGAGGAGGCCACGUGGGACAUCAGCGAUCAGUUCCUGUGGGGCCCGGGGCUCCUCAUCACCCCUGUGCUUGAGCCCGGGGUGGAGGUGAUCUCGGCCUACAUUCCUGAUGCCGUCUGGUACGAGUUCGAGUCGGGCUCCCGGCUGUGGCUGCGGCGGCAGUGGACUCACCUAUACCUGCCUGGUGACCGGCUGGGACUGCACCUGCGCGGGGGCUGCAUCUUCCCGGUGCAGGAGCCGGCUACCACCACGGCUGCCAGCCGCAGGAACCCCCUGGGGCUCAUCGUGGCACUGGAUGAGAACCAGGAGGCCACGGGGGAGCUCUUCUGGGACGACGGCGAAUCCGCAGACACCGUGGCCACCAAAUCCUACAUUUUCUACAAUUUCCGGUUUUCCAACAACGUUCUGGAGCUGUCGGUGGCCCACAACAACUUCUCGGACCCGCAUGGGCUGGAGUUUGGAGAGCUGCGGGUGCUGGGGCUGCCGCCGGCGCCACUGGCCGUCACCGUCACCUCUGGCGGUGCUGCCGUCCCCUCCGCGCACAGCCUCGCCUACGACGCCGGCACACAGGUCGCCGUGGUCAGGGGGCUGCAGCUGCGCCUGGGCCAAUCCUACAGCCUGCGCUGGACGAUGGGGAUGCGUGACAUCGACCGCUUCGAUUGUCACCCAGGCGAGGGCGCGUCCCGUGAGCGCUGCGAGCACCUCGGCUGCAUCUGGAAUGAGACCACCUCGAGCGACCGCGUCCCCUACUGCCACUUCAACGGCUCCGACAAUGGAUACGCUGCCUCAGAGAUCCAGUACUCGGCCACUGGCGCCACGGCCGCUGUGAGCCUGGAGCGUCGCGGCCGCCCUGGCGACGCCGCCGCCAUCGCCGCACUGCACCUGGAGGUGACCUUCCACACUGACCGCCUGCUGCAGUUCAAGAUUUACGACCCCGCCUCUCACCGGUACGAGGUGCCGGUGCCGCUGUCGCUCCCGGCUGCCCCCCAGGCCUCAAUCCAGCGCCGCCUCUACGACGUCACCAUCCAGGACCGACCCUUUGGGCUCCAGGUGCGGCGCCGCAGCACCGGCACAAUCCUCUGGGACUCGCAGCUGCCGACGUUCGCCUUCAGCGAUCAGUUCCUGCAGAUCUCCACCCGCCUCCCAGCGCCCUUUGUCUACGGUUUUGGUGAAGCUGAGCAUGGUGCCUUCCGCCAUGACCUGGACUGGCACACCUGGGGGAUGUUCACCCGCGACCAGCCCCCCGGCAACAAGAUGAAUUCCUAUGGUUUCCACCCCUUCUACAUGGGCCUGGAAGAGGACGGCAAUGCCUACGGUGUCCUGCUACUCAACAGCAACGCCAUGGAUGUCACCUUCCAGCCGACACCGGCCCUUACAUACCGCACCAUCGGGGGUGUCCUGGAUUUCUACCUGGUCCUGGGGCCAACGCCCGAAGAAGUGGUGCAGGAAUACACGGAGCUGGUGGGACGCCCAGUGAUGCCACCCUACUGGGCCCUGGGCUUCCAGCUCUGCCGCUACGGCUACCAAAACGACACCGAAAUCGCACAGUUGGUGGAGGACAUGAGCCUUGCCCAGAUCCCUCUGGAUGUGCAGUACGCUGACAUCGACUACAUGGAGCGCCAGCUUGACUUCACGCUCAGCCCGCGCUUCCGUGGGCUUCCAGCGCUCGUGCGGCGCAUCCGGCGCCAGGGCCUGCGCUUCAUCCUCAUCCUGGACCCAGCCAUCUCUGCCAACGAGACGAAUUACCCGGCCUUUGACCGCGGCGUGCAACAGGACGUCUUCAUCAAGUGGCCUGACAGCGAUGACAUCAUCUAUGCCAAGGUGUGGCCAGAUCUGCCUGGCGUGGAGGUCAACGAUUCCCUGGACUGGGACACGCAAGUGGAGCUGUACCGUGCCUUCGCUGCCGUACCGGAUUUUUUCCGGAAUUCCACGCGGGAUUGGUGGGCGCGAGAAAUUGCCGAGGUCUACAAGAACCCCCGGAACGCCUCCCUCAGCAUCGAAUUCGACGGGCUCUGGAUCGACAUGAAUGAGCCCGCCAGCUUCGUCCAUGGCACCGUGGGCGGCUGCCGGGACCAGAACCUCAACUUCCCGCCCUACAUGCCCCAGUUGGGAUAUAGAUCCGAUGGUUUGAGUUUCAAGACGCUCUGCAUGGAGGGGCGGCAGGAGCUGCCAGACGGGACCCCUGUGCGCCACUACGAUGUCCACAACCUCUAUGGGUGGGCUCAGACCAAGCCCACCCUCGACAUCCUGCGGAACCUCACCGGCGAGCGCGGCAUCGUCGUCACCCGCUCUACCUUCCCCGGCAGUGGCCGCUGGGCCGGGCACUGGCUGGGCGACAACCGGGCAGACUGGGACCAGCUGGAAAAAUCCAUCAUUGGAAUGAUGGAAUUCAGCCUCUUCGGGAUCUCCUACAGCGGCGCUGACAUCUGUGGGUUUUUCGGUGAACCCUCAUACGAGCUCUGCGCCCGCUGGAUGGAGCUCGGCGCCUUCUACCCCUACUCCCGCAACCACAAUGGCAACAAGGCCAAGCGCCAGGACCCGGUGUCCUGGGACCCCUCAUUCGCCGCGCUCUCGCGGGCAGUUCUGGAGCUCCGGUACCGCCUCCUGCCCCACCUCUACUCGCUGAUGCUCCGUGCCCAUGCCCAUGGUGACACCGUCGUGAGGCCCCUCCUGCACGAGUUUGUAGAGGACAGAACCACCUGGAACAUCUCCCGGCAGUUCAUGUGGGGCGCGGCGCUGCUCAUCAGCCCCGUCCUGGAGCCGGGCAUGGCCGAGGUGCGCGCGUACCUGCCCGAUGCGCGCUGGUUCGACUUCCACACUGACGAGGAGGUUGGGUUCCGACGCCAAUUCCGGAACUUUCCGGCGCCCCUGGGCCACAUCAACCUCCACCUGCGGGGGGGUCACGUGAUCCCCCAGCAGCUCCCGGCCAACAACACUUGGUUCAGUCGUCUGAACCCUCUGCUCCUGACGGUGGCUCUGGACGAUGCCCAGGAGGCCACGGGGAGCCUCUACUGGGACGAUGGCAUUGGCAUCGACACCUUCGAGAGGGGCGAGUACCUGCUGAUGUCGUUCACCGUCCGCUCCAACAUUCUGGAUCUCCGCGUUCUCCACGGCGGCUACACGGACCCGAAUUCCCUGAAAUUCACCGAAAUCCGGGUGCUGGGCGUGGCUGGCAGCGCCAGCACGGUGAUGGUGACGCACCAGGGGCACCACGUGCCCUCUGCUCACGCCGUGGAGCACGACCCCCAAAAAAGGGUGCUGAAGAUCACGGGGCUGGCGCUGGAGCUGGGCCAGAACUACACCCUGGAAUGGGGCUAAAAACCCCCAAAUCGGUACCGCCAGUGCCAAAACCCAGAAUUUUCACCCCCUCCAUCAAGGAUUUCCGCUUUUUCUGCCUCUCUGAUUUAACGGAAGCCUUGAAUUUAAUUACAUUUUAAU